GUGUGAGUGGAGAGAAAAGGGCAGCCUGAGGGCAACUUUUCCAAUAGGGCAUCACGGAAUAGCUUUUCGUGCUGAAAAUGGCUCAAAUAACGAACGAAGGGGCCGAACGAGAUUCGAAGAAGACAUCGGAUCAAAACGGAACCGGUAAAACACCUGAAACCGGCAAGGAGGGACAGGCCGUGCCGGACCCCAAACAGGAACCGGGCGACAACAACGAGCACAGAGCAGGAAUGGAUGUGAACAGUCGUGAUGCUAUCGUGGCGAACGGAGAUAACCUGUCUUCCGUCCCAGACACCGAGAAGGAAACAGCGUUACCGACGGAAAAUACCGAAAACGAUGAAGAGGAAUCAUGCGGUAAACUCUCUGAACCGGGGAAAAGUCCCGCACAGGGGAGUUUGGCGAGUAGCACUGAUUCCGCACAAGAGGGCUCCCGGGUAUUGAAACAAGAACAAAGAGAGGGGGAGAACGUGUCCUCCUCACUGCCUACCGAGCGGACAAAGACCGCGGAGAAAGCCGAGCACGGCUCCAAGAGACCGGCCAGCGUGGAGCUGACCCCGGCCAAUGUGGAGCCGCUCAGCCGGAUGGAUUCAGAAGACAGCAUCGGCAGCACCCUGAUGGACAUGGAGAGCACGGCGUCCAGCGGUCGCUCCACCCCGGCCAUGCUCAACGGUCACGGUGCGGUGGCGGGGAGUGGCUCGGCACCGGUGGGCAGCAAGUCUCUGAGCUACACAUGCUGCUGGGAUCACUGUCAGCUGCUGUUUCCCAGCAGCCCUGACCUGGCUGAACACAUCAGAGCCACACAUGUGGACGGACAGAGAGGAGGGGUGUUUGUGUGCCUGUGGAAGGGCUGCAAGGUGUACAACACACCGUCCACCAGUCAAAGCUGGCUGCAGAGACAUAUGCUUACCCACAGCGGAGACAAGCCAUUCAAGUGUGUGGUGGGAGGCUGCAACGCCACGUUUGCCUCUCAGGGGGGGCUGGCCCGUCACGUCCCCACUCACUUCAGCUCACAGAGUUCAUCCAAAGUAUCCAAUCAGGGAAAAAUGAAGGAGGAGUCCCCAUCCAAGGCCGGCCUCAACAAGAAGAGGAAACUCAAGAACAAACACAGACGCUCCCUCCCCCGACCUCAUGACUUCUUUGACGCCCAGACCAUGGACGCCAUCCGACAUCGAGCCAUCUGCCUCAACCUGGCAACACACAUCGAGAGCCUGGGCAACGGACACAGUGUGGUCUUCCACAGCACGGUAAUAGCCAGGAGGAAAGAGGAUUCUGGGAAAGUGAAGGUCUUGUUGCACUGGACUCCUGAAGACAUACUGCCAGAUGUGUGGGUGAAUGAGGGAGACAGACUGCAGCAAAAGACCAAGGUGGUUCAUCUGUCCAAGCUACCCACGGACACCGCCGUGCUGCUGGACCCCAACAUCUACAGGUGUGAUGUUCUUCUAACAACUUCCAGGGGAACUUGAUGCUGAUCCAACCUCCAGGGGACGUUGUCUCCUUUUCUCUUUGUCUCCAUCUCUAGGUCCCUCUUCUCCCCUCCCCUUCUCCCAGAGGAUGCUGGGAGUUUAGUGACUUAUUUGUCAUGGCUGUUUGAGGCCACCAGUAUUAUCUGCAUUAGGUGCUGAGUUUACAGAGGGCAUGUAGGGAGAGAUGUUGCUUGUUUUAGGUAAAGCAACUAGACUGGAAACUAACUGACAGAAGUGUAACUGUAGACAGACACAUGUUAAACAGAAGCUGUGUUUGUAAAUACUUGAGAUUUGUAAUAUAUUUUUAUACUUUGAAUUUUUUUACUGUACUGUAGAUAGAUGUCUUUUUUAUGUGAAACAUUUUAAAUAGAUGUUUUAAAAACUGAUAACAUUGGUCAUGUGCAUAUAGCUGGCAUUGCUCUGGUUUGAUGUCAAUAAACUUUUCCAAGCUCCACUCAG